AUGAGCCUAUUUGCUCUUAGUAUCACGGUAUAUGCUUCGUUAGUGUUAGCCCAAAAUGAUCCGGUAGUUAAAACACCGUCCGGUUCAAUUCGAGGCACUGUAGAGUCGUGUGGUUUAUAUUGUACGUAUUAUUCGUUCAAAGGCAUACCUUAUGCACUGCCACCAGUUGGAGAGCUCCGUUUUCGAAAUCCGGUUCCCCACCCGGUCUGGGAUGAUGUCAGAGAUGGCAGUCAACAUGGUGCAGUGUGUCCACAGUUCAGUACAGGACCCGGAAACGUCAUGGGGGACGAGGAUUGUCUGUUUUUGAAUGUGUAUAGCGAAAACAUGAUCGGAUUACACCCGGUAAUGGUUUGGUUCCACGGAGGUGCAUACCGUACUGGAUCGGGAAAUGUUGAGUCAUUCGACCCCCAAAAGUUAGUGAAAGAAUCAGUUGUGAUAGUAACCGUGAACUACCGCCUAGGAGCGUUGGGUUUUCUCAGCACCGGAGACCAGUAUGCUCAAGGAAACUGGGGAUUGAAGGAUUGCAUCCAAGCACUUCGAUGGGUAAAAGCGAACAUACAAGUGUUCGGAGGUGAUCCAAAUAAUGUAACUAUUUUCGGAAGCUCGGCCGGAGGUUCGCUGAUUCACUUCUUAUACUUGUCCGAAUUAGCGGAAGGAUUGUUUCACAAGGCCAUUGCACAGAGUGGAACGGCCCUAGCUCCAUUCGCUUAUCAAUGGAAUCCGCGAAUAUUUGCAGAUAGGAUCGCAAAUGCGUUUGGAUUAUCCAACGAUAGUGCCAAGUAUGUCGAGGAGCUCAGGAGCCAACCAGGGAACAGUUUUGUUCCUUUGCAAGAAAUUUUGUCUACCACACCCGUACCAAGAAAUCUACGGCCUCUGGAUUUCUCACCAUCAUUGGAACCACUCGGUUCACCCGAGGAACGAGCAAUAGUUGACAAUCCAUUGAGCCUGAUGGAAGCACGUUCUCAUAAAAUUCCAUUUAUGCUAGGUUAUACCGAUCUAGAAGGAUCAUAUUUCACAAAGCUUCAACAAAACUUCGAUGAUGCUGUGUGGGAUCAGUUCAACGCAAAUCCUUAUUUCCUAGUGCCUUUUUUUUGGAAUACCGCAGAAGGUUCGUCUGCUUCCUCGAGUAUUAUCUCCGCCUUUCAGAAACAUUAUUUUCUUGGUAAACCAAUCGAUAGUUCGGUAGACUUCGAAUGGGCAGAAUAUUACGGUGAUCAUAUGUUUGUAUUUCCGACCGAUUAUACUGCGAAAGUGCAUGCCACCGGUUCGGCACCGGUCUACUAUUAUCAGUUCUCGUACGAUGGCGAUCUGAAUUUGUACAAGAAACAACUGAAUAUUAACCAUCCGGGAGCAACGCAUAUCGAUGAGCUGCCGUACAUGUUUGAGAUUGCUAAACAUAUGGGAAUAACAGUUGCCUCCAACAGUCACGCUUUGGUAGUCAGCAAUCGACUUGUGCGGAUGUGGACGAACUUUGCUAAAUCCGGAAAUCCUACUCCCAGCGAAGAUUCUCAGCUGCAAAAUGUGAUCUGGCCAAGCAUUCAGCAGUCCUCGCUAGGAUUGGCUAAACUGGACAUCGGACAUGAUUUGCUGGUGAUCGAUGCUGCAGCUAACGAGCGACUACAGCUGUGGCGUGACCUACAGACUUCAUAUGCAGUAAAUCCGUUUUUAUUCUUCAGUAUAAAUAAAAUGUUCAAAGUUAUAGCUCUUCUGAGUGUACUAAUAGCUGUCUGUCUAACUGAGGAUGACGUGGAGCGACCCAUUGUCACUACCACCGUUGGGCAGGUUCAGGGCGUUACGGCAAGUUGUGGUUUGUUUUGUAGUUACUUCCAGUUCAAUGGUAUUCCGUUCGCGGAACCACCGGUAGGCGAUUUACGUUUUCGCAAUCCAGUUCCCCACGGUGGUUGGGACGGCGUUCGCGAUACUUCUGAACACGGUUCAAACUGUCCUUCCAUCAGUGUACUAAGUAACUAUACGGGCAAUGAAGAUUGUCUAUUUAUCAAUGUACAUACGCAGAAUCUGAUAGGAUUGCGCCCGGUUAUGGUUUGGAUUCAUGGAGGUGCUUUUGUGCUUGGUUCGGGUGAUUCCGAUAUGCACGGCCCAGAUCAUCUAAUAACGGAGGAUGUUAUAGUCGUUACAUUCAACUAUCGCAUUGGGAUUCUAGGGUUUUUUAGCACAGGAGACAGUCAUGCUCAAGGUAAUUGGGGCAUGAAAGAUUGCGUCGAAGCCUUGCGUUGGGUUCGAAACAAUAUUGCUGCUUUCGGUGGUGAUCCCGACAAUGUGACAAUAUUCGGAGAAAGCGCUGGUGGAGUAGCUGUACAUUAUCUGGUUCUAUCUCCAAUGGCUACAGGAUUGUUCCAUAAGGCAAUAGCACAAUCUGGAACGGCGUUAGUUCCAUGGGGAUUUCAAUACAACCCACGAGAGAUGGCUGUGAACAUUGCAGAUGCUUUUGGUUAUCCUCAUGAAUCCGAAGAACUGACACGGCGUUUACGUUAUACUCCUAUAGGAGAUUUCAUAGCUCUUCAAAGAACUAUCCGAGAUAUUCCACAUCCAAGGGGCUUCAAACCGUUUGAAUAUGUUCCGAGUGCGGAACCCGUAAACUCCCCGGAAGCCACAUUUUUCACUCAGCGUCCAAUCGAAGUGCUACACUCUGGAAAUUUCAAUCAUGUCCCAUUUAUAAUUGGUUAUACAGAUGCAGAGAGCUUGUUCAUGGUUCGCGAACAUAACUUGGAUUCAACUGUUUGGGAUGAAUACACUCAAAAUCCACAGUUCUUUGUUCCACAUUUUUGGAACAUUCAAGCUGGCUCAGCAGAUGCUCUCUCGGUUAGUCAGGUUUUCCGUGAUUUCUAUUGGCAAGACCAAUCACUUGGUCUAGAUAUAAUGCACGAAUGGAUCAAAUUUCAUACGGAUCAGCAGUUUAUAUACGCAAUUGACAAAACCAUUCAAUUAACUGCAGCGGCUAACUCGCAACCAACUUAUUAUUACCAGUUCAGCUUUGAUGGUGCCUUGAAUCUUAUGAAACGCAGAUUCCUUCUAACGGACUUCCCGGGAGCAAUGCAUGCUGAUGAGUUGUUCUACAUAUGGUCGACAACCCGUCUUUCCAUUUCCCCGAUUCCUCCCAGUAACCAUGCUCAUACAGUUCGCCAGCGUAUGGUUCGAAUGUGGACAAACUUUGCUACGCAAGGUACCCCAACACCGACGGCGGAUGCUGAUUUGCAAAACAUACAUUGGUCGCCAAUAAAUGGGAAUGAUAUGGCUUUCUUGGAUAUUGGUCAUGAUUUAGUAACCGGAAACCAUCCAAAUCAAGCACGUAUGGAAGUUUGGCAGGAUUUGGAAGAACGCUACGCAAAUGAUCCGUUCUACUAUCCAUAUUCGUAGAUUCGUGAACAUUUUUUAUUGAUUUUAAUAUUUUGACAACCAAAUUCAUAAGCACAUGGGUACGUGAAAAAAAAAGCCUCAUUUCUGUUCUAUCGGCGAAUUGACAAUAAGCACUG